GGGAAAGUACCAGCCCGACCUGCCUCCUGUCCUGGACAGCUGCAGAGGAACACAGAGCCAAACACAGACAUAAAGACGUCCUCGGAAACAGACGCAACACACACACAGCAGUGUUCUCAGGUUUCACAGCAGAGGAAGCCAAGAGGACAAACACACAGCGGCUCCAUCUCUCGGUCUUCCUGCAUUCCCUCUGCUGCAUCUCAGGGGACUGAGGUUGCUCUGCCCCGAGCCUCUCUCUCCCCCACGGCCGGACGUUGCAGACUGAUGAUGUCGCAGCAGUCGAUGGACCGCUGUGAGGUUUCAGAGAACUGCCACCAUCAUGGCCCCGGGGCCCAGGGGAGCCAGCGGCGCCUGGUCAGUGGACUCCUUCUCUGGGUCUGUCUCCUCACCGUCAGCCACGUGGUCUCCAUCUCCCUGCUCAUCAUCACCAGGCCACACGUACCACCUCUGUCAGAAAUAGUUUCAGCUCCAAAACCCACAGCAGACUCAUCUCCGAGCAUUCUCCUGGAGUCACCAAGAGUGCCAUGGCAAAUGCUCACCUUUGACGUCGAUGGGGUCUCAGGGGCGAAAAGUGUGAUCAAGUGGAAGACGCAGUCCAAGGCGAAGAAUGUUGCCUCCCUAAAUGGCGGAUCCCUGACCAUCAGCCAGGAUGGUUGUUACUUCCUGUACCUUCAGGUGACUCUGGAGACACUCAAGCCCCAGGAGGUGUCUGGACAGUACAUAGUGAGAGUGAACAAGACCAACGGAGUCCUGCUGGAGGGAAGGAUAACCAACACCUCCCUCAGCACAGGGUUCCUGGGCAAGGUUGUGGAUCUAGCAGCCUCUGACAUCCUCACAGUCACCGUCUCCCCUCAUGCCAGGAUCAACACCACCCACACCGCCACAUACCUGGGCAUCAUAGGGUCAAGAUGAUAUCUGUAGAUUCAAUUGGAUAUAGACCCUCCCGUCUUCAUAGACACAUGCUGGGGGCUAGAUAUUUAAGUCAUUUGUUAGGGGUUGAUUGAAUAGAUCCUGGGGAUCUGGGGUCAACUGGGGUCAAUACAUCAUCCCACCACCUGUCAGAGAGAUGUAGUGGGGAAGACCAUGUGGGAGACACUGUCACAAGGGAUGGAUAUAUUUGACUGAAACUGAUUCAGUCGGACUCCCUGCUCAUCAAAUAAGAUUAUUCCACUCCUUUAUACUCUACCUAGCCUUCCAACUGGUUUUGAGCUGCAGAAUUCUACUGAUGUGUCUUGUAAUGUUGGAAAAAUAUGUUUAAAACUAUUGGCCAUAAUGGGUUAUGGGUUGUAUUGUUACUUUAGCAUUUUGCUCUCUUGGAUGAAGUAACGUUUUGUUUAUCCCUCAAGAUUAUCGAUUAUUAUAAUUUUUUUAAAGCUAUGAAUGAGGGGAUUGUCUUAUCAAGUCAUGUGCACAGGGUUGUUGAGAGAAUGCACAGUAUCAACAUAUCUUUAAUGUUUAAUAUUUGCAUAUUGCUUUGUAUUUAAAAUAUUAGUAUUUUUUACCUAUUUAUGCCUUAUUACAAUAUUAUCUUAUUAUUUUCUUCUUAUUUAUUUUCUAUUUCUAUUUUGAAGGACAUUUUGAGUAUGUAGUAAGAUGAGAUGUAGAGAUAACCAAUGAAUAUAUGUCACUAACCAGGUUUCCAUUCAACCUUUUUUAUGCUAGUAAAGUACGUCAGAUAAAACAUUUAAUGGCAAGCCUGAUGGAAACAGAAAAUGUUUCGGUAAACGUUCCAAAUCUAGACAAAACAAAAUACGCUAGACAAGGUGAUAUAUUUUUGUGUUAUGCGAGAAAAUGGCGCCUUUAUGCGCAUAUAUUGAUGUAAUAACCAUCAUAUCGAAGUAAACUUGGAGUCACGCAACGAUACAUUGUGUGGUCCUCCCACUACGACUCGGGAAAGCAUGCAGUUUAUUAGUCUACAGAUAAAAUAAAUUAUGAUGAACUUCACAGGGUGGUGAAUGUGCAAGGUAUCGAGGGUUUUAUUCUGGUGAUGAUGAUCGAUUCUUGGCUGCCUUUUGACAAAUACAAAUAAUAUCGCUCUUAUCCAAUAAUCUCAUAAUGUAGGUAGCCUACCGCACUCUAUCUGCGAGCUGUUGGCUAGAGCGCAUGUGCCAAGACCAGAGCGGGCACAUUUCCUACUCCAUAAGUAGAGGAAUGUGAUGGAAACCCAUUUAACUUGUAUUUUUCAUUCGGUAGGCUACAUGAGAAUUUAAUAGCAAAAGUUAUUUUUAUGUGCACUACGUUCUCAAGCACAGUCUUUCAUCCACAAAAAGUAUGUUUGAUGGAAACAUCUCUGGUUGGAAAAUGCGCAUAUCGUUUUAUGCAGAUUUUAGAAUAUUCGCAUGAAAGUCUAUUGCAAAUUGGAUGGAAACCUAGCUACUGUGUGACCGACUUUAUAGCGCCAAAUAAACUUAAAAAAAAUUACGUUGUUUUGAAUACCACAACUGAAGUUCCCGCUGGGAAACAUGAAUGUAAUCUAUUAUAUUAAGAAAGCACUGGAAUGUAUUUUUUUUCUCCAAACAAAUAAAGCACAGUAUUUGACUUG